GUUUUGAUGAGUCGGCCAUCUUGUCGGCGUCGCAGAACCGUAGAUCGCUGUAGAAGGUAGCAAUGGAUAGGUGUUUGUUGUGCGUAGAGCUCGGGGUACCAUAUGUCUAUGCCGUGCUGGGCUAGAUCUGAUGUAGAGUUGAAGGCUGACGUCAUCACCUGUGCGACGUGCGAAGCAGAGAAGCAAGUGAGAUGAACUGCGUCUGAUUUUUUUAAAAGACCCAGAUGUCGACUUUCAAGUUCUUUAAAUCUUACAAAGCGUACUUGGAGAAAGUUCAUGUAUCAAGCAACGUUGAAACUGGAAGACGUCUACCUGCUCAUUUUCCCUUUUAGACAAUACGUUUUAAAUGUAUUGUUUUAAGGUCUUGAAAACAAUGCAGAGAAGACAUAGCAGCCUCACAGACAACCCUCCUCCAGAGAGGAGUCGGAACCAGAAUUUGAGUUCAGAUACCAAUGUGGAUGAUGGAGUCUUUAAUGGCAUGAAGCAAGACGCCCCUUCCUCCCAGCAUCUUUUUUCAAGUCUGGCCGGUCUCCAACCUGGGCCAAUAACCGUCCAGUCUGGUUUAGUGCUUGGCUCCUCAGCUGGAGGUGGUGAGGUGUUUAUACAGAUGCCACCUCCUCUUCGAGAAGAGUCUGGAGUACGUUCAGAGACAAGCCCUUUCAUUCACCACCACCAUCAUCACCGGCCACAGCCACCGUCACAUCAUCAGCAACAUAGUUUUCAGCACCCUCAUUCUCGACCCUCAUUGCUGCAUGCAGCUUCCGGGGAACGUCACAGAGAGGAGACUAAUGAAGAGCCUGGCACGCCCGCCCCUGCUCUGUCUGAGCUCAGGGCCAUUGUCUCCUGGUUGCAGAAGGGGCUCCCAUUCAUACUUAUCCUAUUGGCUAAGGUCUGCUUUCAGCAUAAGCUGGGCAUAGCUGUGUGCAUCGGAAUGGCCAGCACCUUUGCCUAUGCUAACUCCUCUGUGAAACAUCAGGUUUCUUUAAAGGAGAAGCGGUCAGUCUUAACGGUGUUUUGGAUUGUGUCAUUUUUGAUGGGUAACACCCUGUAUCUUCUAUAUACCUUCAGAUCUCAACAACUGUACUAUAGUCUUAUUUUUCUGAAACCCAAUCUCGAGGGCCUGGACUUCUUUGAACUCAUCUGGAUUGUGGGCAUCUCAGAUUUUGUCCUGAAGUAUAUCACAGUGUCCCUGAAGUGCCUGGUCCUCAGUCUCCCACGCAUUGUCCUAGCUGUAAAAUCAAAGGGUAAGUUUUACCUGCUAAUCGAAGAGCUCAGCCAGCUGGUCCGUUCCCUGGUGCCUAUCCAGCUGUGGUAUAAAUACAUCAUGGGCGAUGAUCCUUCAAGUACCUACUUCUUAGGAGGCAUUCUCAUCAUCUUGUACAGCCUGUGUAAGUCCUUUGAUAUCUGUGGUCGUAUUGGAGGCCUACGGAAAGCACUGAGGAUUCUUUGCCACCCUCAGCAGAAGUAUGGAGUUCGCGCCACCAGCCAGCAAUGCAGUGAAGCAGGUGAUAUCUGUGCCAUUUGCCAAGCAGACUUCAAAGAUCCAUUGAUCCUGAUUUGCCAGCAUGUGUUCUGCGAGGAAUGCUUGUGCCUUUGGUUUGACAGGGAGCGAACUUGUCCUCUCUGCCGCUCUGUUGCAGUGGAAACACUUCGCUUAUGGAAAGAUGGCUCCACAUCUGCUCACUUUCAGGUCUACUGACACUGCAUGUUAAUUUAUGCAUAAAAUGCUGUAUAUUAAACUAUCUUCUCUAACCACAAAGAGCCUAAUGACCAUUUCUGUGGUUUUCCAUUGGUGAUGAAGUUCUAAUUGCCGUACUCAUGAACUUUGAAGAGCUGAACCUGUGAUUAAAGAUCCCUAAGCCUGUUGGUCGAA